AUGAAAGUCCAGGGCUCAGGAGCGGGGCAAUCCGCAACUUUGGGCGCCUUCCCAAUCCUGGGGAAGGCGCUUGGGGAAGGCGCUUCAGACGUGCUUGGCAGUGUGAGAACGCUGCUCCGUGCAACGAAUUUGUGCAAGGCGGGCUCGCACUUCCUGCGCCACCGCGACCGUUACUACCGGCGCGAUGUCCGGAUGCAGACGUUGGACAACUCCCUGGAGCGGCCGGCGAGGCGGGCCGGGGCCAACGCUCCGCGCUGGUCAAGCGUGCCGCUCACGCUCAACGCAAGCACGCUCCAGAUGUUCUACACCGAGGGAUCGGUGAUGGUGUACGCCGUCGUCGACAUGCCGCUCAACCCCAGCCGCUGCCACCCGACACAUGGCUGCUACGAGUCGCCGUGCGGCGCAGAGGGCAACGGCCAGUACGGCGAGGGGGAGACCGCGAUGGCGUGGGUGGUUGCGGGCUCGAACCGCCCUCAGGAUUGGAUGCGAUCGCGCUGGCUGCGCCUCGAGUCGUGCGCUGGCGACGACAGCCCGACGGCGCUCGACAAUUCCACGGAGGCUUGUCUCUCCGCCGCGAUCCGCUAUGCGGGCACCGCCGAGGGGCGCGCAAAGUUUCUCGAGACCGACACGCGCCUGUGGUACAUGGCCGACCCGAGCAACCCGGACGUGCGCGACGUGUACGUGGACAAGAGCGCGUGCGACGCGUGCGUCGCGACCAACACGACGGUCGGCGCCAUCGUCGACGAUCGCAACGGCAGCUGCUGGCGGCAGGUCCACCCCCUCGAGCGUACAAUUUUUGACUUUGGGUACUUGUCGAUGGCGUACGGCCCCAGCGACCCUAUGCCAAACCCGUUUGUCGCGGUCGGCGCGAACGGCUCGGCAUUCAUCCGACUGCAAGAUGCGCUACGCACUAAGGACUACAUCCACGACUUCGCCAAGGCCAUUGUCUAUGGCGAGGCCGGAGACCGCCGGUUUGGGACCAAAACGGGGAGCGAUCCCGAGGCCUACCUGCAAGGCAGCAUGUGGGUCGGUGUCCUCGGCGACGCGACCGAUUUCUCGGCGCUGCCGUCCAUCAGCCAGUCCGCGUCCGUAGCCCUGGCGCUCGGGGCGGUCAGGGAGGCGGCGACGGUAGCCGACGGCCCCGUGGUUUGCGGCUCUCCCGGAGAGGUGGCGGCGGUUCCUGAGCUCGGAAAUCACUUCUUCUUUCAGAGCCUGCUCGGCUUCUACGUGAAAUGGGGGAACGCAGACCUGUACCGUCCCUACUACACGCCCGGCUGGAUGACGACUAUCUCCCCGUCGAAGCUGGCAGCGCAUACGAGCGUGGUGCUCAGCGCGCCCGACCAGCUGCGCCAGCGCGUGGCGUGGGCGCUCUCGCAGCAGUUUGUGAUCUCGAUCGAGAACGGCGACCUCGAUCGCGGCAACACCAUCAACAUACACGACAUCUGGCUCGCGUACUACGACAUCUUUGUGCGCCACGCCUUUGGGAGGUUCCGCGACGUCUUCAAAGAGGUGGCGUACCACCCGGCGAUGGCAACUUACUUGACCUUCAUCGGCUCGCGGUGCCACUCUUACCGGCUGCAGGUCGCCGACGAGAACUUCGCGCGCGAGUCCCUCCAGCUCUUCACGAUCGGGCUCUGGAAGCUGAAUGGGGACGGCACGCCCGUGCUCGACGACGCGGGCGCGAGGCCGUUCCGUGCAAACCUCGAGAUGGGCGGUGGGCUCCGGUGGAGUACCAAUCUGAUCGACCCCAUGCGGCUCAACGGCAAGUACCGUGACGUCUUCCCAAAGCACGACCUCUUUGGCGGGCACCUCGGCGACAGGCUCAACUCCUCGCUCUUGUACCCGCUGUGCGCCGAUCUGCCCGACAAAGCGUGGCUGCGCAAGGGCGCGACGUACCGCUACCUCGGCACGCGGCCCGCGCCGCUCGGCCUCUCCGAGCCCAUCUACACCAGUAAUUCCGGAUUGGAGCCCAUCUACGGGAGCUGGUGGAUCGGCGACCGACCUGAUACGAUCCUCACACCGGACGCGACGCACUCGCAGCUGUUUGACGCGCUGUGCGCGCGCGGCUCCGACGGGGCGUGCACCUUCCCGAUGGAGGUGGUCCUGCCCCAGCACCUCGCGUGCCACGACGCGCCGACGAUCUUGUUCACCGAGUACGACGUUUACAACCAGCCCGUGGUCAUGAAUCGCUCAAACGAGUGCGAGGUCGAGGAGCCGCGCGUCAUCCGCCUCAUCGACCCCUCGAGCGGCGCGGUCGCAUUCUACGAGUACGAGCGGCCGGCGUGCACCGAGCUCACCUUCUUCAACAACGGGAGGCAGGUGCAGCGACCCAACAACCGGCUCGGUCCUGACUUGCUGUGCUCCGACCCGGCGACGAUUGGCGCGGCCACGUCCUGCUGCAAGGCGUCGCACAUCAACGCCUACUCGGAGUGCCAGUUCUUCGGCGAGCGCGUAAAGUACUCGACCGCCGUCGAGAGGUGUGCGAUCGGAUCCGAACACCCAUACUACAAACCCGGUGAGUUUGACCUGGCCCGCGCCUCCGAGCUGUUUCGGGAGGCAGUCACGGCGCAAGAGGCGACGCUAGGCCCGCAGGUUUGCGACAUGGCAGUGCACAAUGCCUACAGAGGUGUCACACCUAGUGAAGGCUGCGCCAGCGGCAAUGCAAGCUGCUGCACCCCCGGCCCGGGCUGCACUUCGAUCCGCGGGACCAGUUACUGUGGUAACUUAAAGCACGAGAUCUGGCUCGGCACGCCGUGCGAGCUGCAGAUACAGGUCAACCCAGCGCACGGCGAGAUCUCGACCCACGCGCCCGAGCUUCUGCACAUGAUCCCGUAUCGACUCGGAUCAUGCUCGGACCCGACCCAGCUGUACGGCCUCGACUCGGGCAAUACGUUCCGCGUGCACUGGGCGGGCGGGAGCUACCCCACCCCGCCUGAGUGCGCGGCCGCCUCCGCCUGCACGGUGCACAGCUCGAGUAUGGGCGUGUCCUCGUGCGUGUGCGCGGUGCACGUCGUCACGUCCGCCGUCUAUGACGCGAGCGACGGCGUGCCGAGCGCCGCCGAGGUGGAGGCAGCGCUGACGAUCGCCGCGCCGCCGCUCGAGAUGUACGACCCCAGCGAGUACCAGCCCUGCAACUCGACAGCAUGCACCGAAGCGGCACCCGACGUGCUCGUGUUCCUGCACAACACGAGCUUCGCGACGGGCGGCUUCAACGAGCAGACGGUCUUCCGGAUCGUCCUCAACGGCACGCGGCACGUCUACCUGCUCAACAGGCUGUCGACGGUGGAGGUGCCUGGCACGAACUUCUCGUUCCGCAACCCGCCGCACUUCAUGCGCUGGGCAGAGCAGUCGACGCGCGACGCGCAGCACGAGACCGACGCGCUGAUCGACUCGCUCGUCUACCACCAGAACACGCCGGCCCACACGGCGACGCGGCUCAUACAGAAGCUGGUCACGUCCAACCCGUCGCCGCGGUACGUCAAGCGCGUCGCUGACGCAUUCCGCACCGGCACGUGCGCCGGCCACGUGUACUCCGGCUCGUAUGGCGACCUGGGCGCGACGGUCGCGUGCGCCCUCCUCGACCGCGAGGCACGGUCGACGACGCUCGACGCCUCUCCGACACACGGCCACCUGCGCGAGCCCUUCCUGCAAGUGAUGAACGUGCUGCGCUCGCUCGAGUUCGCCUCGAAGGACGGUCGGCAGGUGCAGAUCCUCCACAUGGCCUCGUUCGGGCAGGAGCCCUUCCGGGCGCCUUCCAUUUUCGGGUUCUACUCGCCCGAGUAUCGCGCGGCUGGUGCCGUUGUUCAGUCACGGCAGCUGUCACCGGAGGCGGAGGUGACCGCACAGGGCGACUACUACAUCGCGAAGUUCAACGGCCUCUUCUCGCUUGUCGAGUACGGGCUAUCCGGGUGCAAGGGCGGCUUCGGAAUCCCCAUUCGUGAUGCUCUGUGCGAUAACUACAAGGGCUCAGCACAUGCGGUCGACCACGCAGGGCAGCUCUCGUGGCGCCCGAGCUCCACGCACGGCCCCGAUGUGGUCGACGAGCUCGCCCUGCUGCUCACGGGGGGCAGGCUGGGAGCGAACACUCGCGCGGUCGUCCUCAGCGCUUACGAGGAGGAGGCGUCGGCGAGGGGGCACACAUCCGCGCUCAAGCUGGCUGAGAAGCUCGUGCUCGCCUCCGCCGAUUUCCACGCUACCAACGCCAACGCCUUGCCGCCGCUCCCCCCGUCGCCGCCGUCGCUCCCGUCGCUACCGCCAUCAGACCCGCCCCCGCGGCUCCCACCCCGCUUGCCGCCAACACCACCGCCCUCGCCAGCACCGUCCUCGCCGCCAACAACACCGCCCACAUCACCUCUUCCACCCUCUUGGAGCAUAUACGGGGAGGCAUCGGGCGACCGGUGCAGUUCAUCUGACUGGGUGAUGCACUGGCUCGGGCCACAGAGCGUCGACGAGUGCUCUCGCACGUGCGCGUUGUACAAUGGGGAAUUCUACCCGUACUUCAUGCAUGCAACCAACGGAGACAACAAUUGCAAGUGCUACAGCACUUGCACGCUGCUGGGCUCUGCCAGCGGGGGUCUGAUGGUGUAUCAGCAGGCGACACCGCAGCCCUCACAGUUUGUCAAAUCGGAUCUCGGCGCUGAACAAGGUGUAGCGCCAAGAUGCCCAGAUGGAUACGAGCGGAUCACCUCCUCCGAAGAGUGCGAGGCAGCUGCCGGCGCCUUACAACUUACCUGGGACGAUGAGGGCCAUUGGACCGCGUUUCCUCAGGCGUGCUGGAUAAAGUGGCCUUAUAACACCGUCCACUUCAACCUGAACCUGGACGAAGAUGAAAUUGACUGUGUGUCCAACAGACAUUGCAGAGGGGCCAGCACCAUCUGCAAGCGCACGCAACUGUCACCCCCUCCAUUAAGCCCAUUGCCCCCGGCCGCACCUCCCCUCCCCCCGGCCGCACCUCCCCCCAGCUCGCCGCACGCCAGCCCGCCGCCCGCCAGCCCGCCGCCCGCAUCGCCUCUCGGCGGCGACGAUUACAAGGCGGUCAUUGUGAUCGAAGCCUUCGGCGGCCUCGACACUUUCAACAUGCUCAUGCCGCACUCUCUCUGCGACGCGGCCGCCGGAGGCUACGACGAGUACCUCCAGGCGCGCGGGGGGCUGUUCACCGAAGCGGAAGACAGCGGCGUUGGGCUCAGGCAGGACGCCCUCCAACAGAUCGCUGCAAACGCGAGCGCGAAGCGGCAGCCGUGCGACGUAAUGGGGCUGCACCCAAAGCUGGUGAAGACAAAGGCGAUGUAUGAGAGUGGAGACGCGGCGGCAUACGCCAACAUCGGCGCGCUCGUCGAGCACCUUACGCCCGACGAGUUCUUCGGCCUCAUAAAAGCGAAAAGGGACACUCCCAAUGCGCUCUUCUCGCACAACAAACAGCAGGACUUUAUGCAGACGCUCUCAAACAAUCAGUUUGAGCCGGGCAUACUCGGGAAGGUGAUGAGCGCGCUCGACACCCCGGCGUGCGACGCGCAGGGCAACGCGAGCGCCGGCAGCGGCCGCACGUCGUACAAGACCGGGCUGUACGCCAUGUCUGGUGGCAUGCCGCGAGCAAUGACAGGAGGGCCCAGCCUCGCGGUCGCCAUCGACUCGAGGCAAGGCGACAUCCGCCGGCUUUCGGAGUACGAGCAGCUCUGGCGCCACAUCGAGGACAUGACGGCCGCGCCCUCGCGCUCGGUCUUCGCCGAGACGCACUCGCGCGUGCUGGGGCGGGCGAUCCAGGACGCGGAGACACUCGGCGAUGCGAUUGACGCGGCAACAACAACGACGACCUUCAACGACUGCUGCGAUCUUGGCGGGGGUUGCGGCUGUACAUUUGCAAUGAAGCUGCGCACCGUCGCGCGCGUCAUCAAGGCGCGCAGCGCGACGGGCGUGCAGCGCGCGGCCUUCUGGAUGGGGACGAGGGGUGUCGACGCGCACGCGUCGAUGGACUCUCCGGGCGACGGCAUAAUGUCGAUGAUCGACAACUCGGUCGACGACUUCCGGAAGGAGAUGGUGGCGCAGGGGUUGUGGGACAAGGUGACCGUCAUCACCCUCUCCGAGUUCGGAAGGACGAUCAUCGGUAACGGGCGGGGGACAACGCACGCGUGGGGCGGGAACCAUCUGAUAUACGGCGGUGCGGUCAACGGCGGCCGGAUCCUAGGGCAGUACCCGUCGAGGCUCGGCCCCGAAGGCGAGCGCACGCGCAACGACCGCGGCACGAUCAUCCCGACCGAGCCGUGGGAGAGCAUGUGGCAGCCGAUCGCGCAGUGGAUGGGGGUCGCACCGUGCGACCUGCCAAAAGUGAUGCCACACUUGCGCAACUUCCCGGUCGCGGGAGAGGGGCGAGUGCUGAGGGUGGAAGAUGUGUACGAGGCGUGA